AUGAUAACACCAGUACCUGAUUGUCUACACUAUUAAAGAAAUUGCGACAAGAAGGCUCCAUGCUGUGGUAAAUUUUAUCCUUGUAGACUCUGUCAUGAUGCCAAUUAUUAAGGACCUAAUUCGGAUGGAUGCAAAAUUGAAAUCAUGGAUCGAUUUAAUGUUACAGUUAUAAGAUGUCGAUAAUGUUUAUGUGAACAACCACCAACCAAUUAAUGUAUAUCAUGCAAUAUUCAAUUCGCUAAAUAUUUCUGUUCAAUUUGUAAAUUAUAUGAAGAUGACCCUAACAAAGAUGUGUAUCACUGCGAUGAAUGUAACAUGUGCAGAAGGGUAAUCAUCCUAUGCUUAUUCAGGGAAUAAAAUAAUUGAAUUUUCAUUGUAAGGUGUGUAACAUAUGUCUGAAUCUAGAAAAUUAAGAUUCACAUAAAUGUCUCGAUCAAAUAGCAGACACUAAUUGUCCUAUUUGUUUACAAAAUCUGAAAAUCUCAACAACUUAUAUAAUGCAAUUACCUAAUUGUGCUCACUUCAUUCAUACAUCGUGUUUAAAGUAACUACUCAAAUCCAAUAAAAGAAAUUGUCCACUAUGUAGCAUUCCUAUUAUUGUAAGUAUUUCAUUCGUUAAUAGAAAAUGUCUACAGAAGAGAUUGAAUAAUACGAUAAAUUAGCUUAGGAAGCAAAAAUUCUAAUACCCGCUCACAUUUAAAAUUAAAAAGUUUCCAUCAAAUGUUUGGAUUGUCGUAAAAUAACAAAUGAAAUCUAUUUCAAUUACUAUCUCAAAUGUAGCAAUUGUGGCUCAUACAAUACAAAACAAUGAUAAAUACUUAUGUUUCAAUUUCAUUC